AAAUGGCGUCAUUUCGUCUUUUGCUUAAGACUUAAAGAAAAUUAAUGGCAUUUUGCCAUUUUUCCCAGUUGCAGGCCAAAUACCCAAUCAUUAGGGUUUCAGCGCUGCAACUUUCAUCCCCUAGGGCCGACUCUUGGGUUUCACCGGCACAUAAUGUGCCUCCACCACCGCCGAGACCCAAAGCCCCCUUUUUUGGUUCCGUUUCCAUGCCCGAGGGACCCCGACGACGGAACCAAAGAUGUAAUCAGGUACGGGUGUGCGUUGGUGUGUGUACGGGGGCGUGGCGUGGCUACUGAAACGCUGGGGCGUACGGAGGCAAAGAGCUAUUGUCCGGUUGCUGUUACAGCGCAGGAGAAAGGGGGUGACUUAGGGUUUGCCGAAACUUGGCUCAAUUUUCAGGCCGUUUGGGCCUGUUCCAGUUAUUGGGCCCCUGUAUUUGGGCUAUGGAAUAUUGUAACGAUUUGGACUGUAAAAGGACAUUAAAGUUUUAUUUGGGUUUUAACUUGUUUUUUUUUUGUUUAUUUUGUUUUGUUUUGUGUUUGCAAUGGGCCGGGCAAAUUGACCUGCUUACAUUGAUCACUUGAUCUAGCAAUAUAAAACCAAUUUAAGGGGGUUUUUUUUAAUGGAAACUAGGAAGACCUUAAAUUUUAUGUGUAA